AUGAUUCGUCGUGGUGCUGCUGUCAACCAACUGUCACCUCCAAUCCAUCCCAGAUCUAAUGCUCUUUCUUCAUCGUACAAUCCAGACCAACACUUCCAGCACCUACCAUCCUAUUCAACUCAUCACCUUGAUGUGAAUCCUUCCAGGAUGACAAUAACGAAUAUUCAAAAGGAUUCCUCAGUGAUUCCAGUGCACUCUCAUGAAACCAAGUUUACAUUGUCACAGAAUGAUCAUCAUCAUGGAGAGUAUGCACAACAACGAAUACAACGAAUACAACGACAACAACAUCAAGUACACCCUCAAUCAACCAACACACCAAUGAUCCAUGUGGUGAAUGAUCUUCUCUCUUCAAACAUGGAACAUUUUUCAACCCUUAAUCAUGAUCAAAAUGAACCAAAAAGGUAUUUGAAAUUACCAAGGAACACUUGUGAUCCACCAUCCACCACACACCAUUCUGACUCGAAUUACCAGCAACAUCUUCAUUCCUUUCCGAACUCUCUAAUGUCUUCUUCCAUUUUACUUUCCAAAUUUAGAAAAAUUCACACCCCAAAGAGUUCUUCUUCUUCUUUCACACCUUUAAUUCUCUCCCAGAAUAGUGUAGAUACCAAACAAAAAUAUCAUUAUCCAAUGCUCAAAACAGAUCAUUUAGCCAUUACAAUUCAUCCUCCAACAGGUAUGGAUAUCGCGGACAUGAAAGUCCAUCCAUUGUUACCAAAAGGAAGAAUUGGAUCACAUGAUAACAAGGAGGUUAUUCUUAAUAAUGGAAAUACGUUACCUAUAUCUCUCGAAAAGCUUUCCUUGCUUCGCUCUCGUGAUAAGGAAGGAAAUGUUACAAAUUUGGAAAAGAUAAUGUCAACACAAGCAAUUGCUUCCUGUUCGUCGAAAAAGACUCAACGUACCUCACUACUGGAGUUACAGCUGCCACUUGUCAUUCCUCCAACCUCGUCCUCCUCAAAUCAAUCCUCCACUGCAUCGACAACCAUGGUCCAUCGAACCACCACAAACAAUUCCUCCUCCUCCACUCGAGCGUUCAUUCCACCUGAAAUGGUGAGUGGUCAUAUUCCACCAUCGUCUUCUUCACUUUAUCGAACACAACCAUUGACUUUCCAACAACCAACUGCCAUGAAAAGUAUGCAAUCUGUCAUGAAGGUAAACACUGCCUCAAUAAGUCCUUCACUAACUCCUUCACAAGAACAGUUGCCUCAACAACAACAACUUGUUGCAGGAAGAAUGAGAAAAUUAUCUUUGACACCCUCUUCAUCGUCCUCUUCCUCAUCGUCGUCAACACCACCAACCUCCAACAUGUUGUUCACCAUGUUUAUUCCGCCACAACAACAACAACAACCAUCGUCUAGUGCAACCCAUUGGUUGAAAAAUGAAUGUCUCUCAAAUGUUGUCAUCCAUUCCACUCGGAAUCCAUGCAAAUUCUUUGAGUAUAAACCUGGAAAUGGAAAAAAGUUACAAAAAACUCAGUCACGUACUCAAUCUGCAGAACUCGGACAUGUGGUUGACAAUAGAAACAAGAUAAUGCCUUCAACGUCGUCGUCAAUCCUGAACAGCAAUAAGAUUGAAAAGCAGAAAAAGAUGAAGACGGCCCUCAAUGGUCAUGCAAAAACGGCUCUUUGCCAAACGGUCAUGAUGAUGAAUCCACAAACUAGUAGGUUAACAUCACAACAGAACCAUUCCAAAGUCCCAAGUCAUGCAUUAUCCACGCCAGACAGUACAACUACCACAUCUAACACCUCUACUAGUAGUUGUUGUUCUCCCAAGUUGUCAUUCGACUGCUCAGACUCAUCAAUGAUGACGACGAUGAUUGCUACACCCGUUGCGAAUGCUUCACCUGUAUCCUGGAGUUCUCCAAGUCAUCUUGAAAGUCAGUCUUGUGCACAAAUGAUGCCCAUCGAGCCAAUGCCUUCUCCUCCAAUGAUUGUCAAUGCGAGUGGUAGUGCAAAAUCCUCAACAGCGGUGUCACCAAAGCUUCCACCAGUUUCAACCUUACAAACACCAAAAACAUUCCGAAAGGCCAUUUCGAUGCAUGAUAUUCUAAAUUAA